GAGAAAAUCUACAUCUAAAAAAUUUUUCUGCAUAUAAGUUCAGAAAUAUUCCCAAUUUUUUAGAUUUUUUAUUAUACAAUUUCUGAAAACUUAUUAAAUCUUCGAAGAGAUUAAAGGUAUGUUUUCAAAAAAAUCUUCAUAAAUUUAUAAUAAAAUACGACAAAUUCUUAAAAAUGUGAAUUAAAAAAGUUUCAGCAAAGAAAAAAAUUAGGCAACGGGCCCAUGAUAUUCCGUGUACAAUCGUGCGAAAUUGCAUUUGAGGUUAGGUUAGUCGGGUUAGGUUCGUAUUAUUUACAUAAAACACUGCAAACAGCAAUAAAAAUGACAUUAUUAGAGCUUUAGUGUAUCAAGAUAAAAGAUAUAUACUUUUCUUUAUGAAUAUCGCAUGAAUAUCAUAUGAAUUUUGAAAAAUGUCGAGGAUGGUGAAUGUGAGAGCACUUUUACCCAGGACGCUUCUGAAUGUGAGCCUAGGUUUAGCGUUUGUAUUAUUCUUCUGCGAAUAUCUCAUAUAUUACGUGGUGCUUAUACAGUGCGAAUGGCCCACCCUAGACCCUCGAAAAGAGGAUCCUGCUAUACGUGGGGAAGCGACGGACCGGCCUGUCAGAGCUAUGUUUAUAGCAGACACCCAUUUAUUAGGUUCCAGGGAGGGUCACUGGUUCGAUAAACUGCGAAGGGAAUGGCAGAUGUACAGAGCUUUCCAGACUAUGAUGACUUUACACCGGCCAGACACAGUUUUUAUAUUAGGUGAUGUUUUCGAUGAAGGACAAUGGUGUGGUUCUAUGGAGUUCGACUACUACAUAAAGAGAUUCCAUUCCCUGUUUUACGUGCCUAAGGACACUCAAAUCUACGUCGUCGCUGGAAAUCAUGAUAUGGGAUUUCAUUAUGCGAUCACACCGUAUCGCAAUCAGCGUUUCAUCAACGGCCUGAAGAGUCCGAACGUACGACGUUUGAGUUUAAGGAACAAUCACUUCGUGCUGAUCAACAGCAUGGCGUUGGAAGGGGACGGUUGUUUUCUGUGUCGACCGACCGAGAUCGCAGUGAAUAAAAUAGCCAAGGAUUUAAAAUGCGCGAAAGGAAUCGGCAACGAUUGCCGCAACGCGAGCGUGAUUCCUAGAUACAGCAGGCCUAUAUUGCUGCAACAUUAUCCGAUGUAUCGAGAAUCAGAUGAGAUCUGCAACGAAUUGGAUCAGGCCCCCGACGAAUUAAAAGCCAUCAAGUUUCGGGAACGGUGGGAGUGCUUGUCAAAAGAAGCGUCGGAGCAGCUUCUGGACAUACUGAAUCCGCGACUAGUUGUCGCCGGUCAUACUCAUCACGGCUGCAGGAGGAUACAUCGGGACGACACUCUGGAAUUCACGAUUCCAUCCUUCAGCUGGCGCAAUAAGGUCAACCCAUCCCUGUUAAUGGGUACUUUCACUCCCAGCAAUUAUUCUGUCUCCAAGUGCUACAUGCCUGUGGAAUCUACUGUGAUCGCUAUUUAUAAAUGUAGUCUCCCAUGCAUACUGAUAUAUUUGAUUAUAAAACUCAGGCCGAGACGGCACGCGUACUCGCGCUUGAAAAUGCCUUGACUAACUCUAUCGUGAGACAUAUUCGGACGCGGACGCGCGAGCGUACAAUAAUUCUAUAUACAAUGCAAUUCUCAAUGAAGGCUAUAAUUGUCGAGAUUAGGACAUAUCUGUAUACACUUUUUUCGUACACGCUAUCCAUCAUCGUAUUAUUUACAACAAGUAAUAGUAUAAAAUAGUUUGUGAUAUAUUCGUAAAUUGUAACGAUGUCAAUAUCUCGAUGUACAUAUAAUUCUACUACGGAAAACUUGAGACACAUUUACUAAAAAACUUUAUAUAAGUAUCGAUGUAAUAAUAAUUUUACAUAAGUGUCGUUAAAAAAAAAAACGAAUUACAAAUAUCGAAUUUUAGCGGAAUCUGGGCGCGCGGAAAUUUGCGAUGAUAAACAUGACAUCGAAAAGUUGAAGACUGAGAAUGUGUGUACAUUCGUAUCAAUGUAAAGUGCGUGUAUGUGUAUGUGUAUAUACAUACAUACAUUCAUAUAUAUAUAUAUAUAUAUAUAUAUAUAUAUAUAUAUAUAUAUAUACACACAUGAACUAUAUCAUUACUCAUAUACAUUGCGUACUGCGCUUAUUAUUGUUAACAAUGAUCGGCCGAGACUGUUGCGAAACUGUAGGUUGUAUUCUUACAAUUAAAGGAAACGAUGAUAUAACACUUUAGACACUGGCUCUUUUUACCGGCCAUAUAAUACUUUCGCACAUUGUUACUAAUAUCACAUCACUUGAAUAUUUUUACAGAGUUCCUUUUCCUGCGACACGGAACAUUUUAUUGAUAGCCAACAUCCAACUGUUCCAUUAGAUUGAUUAUUUUCUCAUGUAUGUGUAUGUAAAUCAUAAGUACUCACGGAAAAAACUAAGAAUUAAUUGUAUAAAUAAAAUAGAGAUUUUUUAUUAUA